AUAAAGCUCCUUUCUUUUUUCAUUCCUCUAUAUAUAUAAGCUUAGUACACUUUCUUGGCACAGUAUAUUCCGGCGUCUAAGCUCCCCUUCUCGCCGGUGAUUUUUCCAGUAGAUGGACGAAUCUUGGAGGAUGAGGAUGGGGAUGCCGGACCUCCCUCAUAGGCGAUCGACUGAAAGCUCGUCGAUUCGGUCCUUCUCCAAAGGUGCCAGAGCUCUGAACCAUCCCGACGACUUCUCCGACGUCUUUGGCGGCCCGCCGCGAAGUGUCCUCUCGCGUCAGUCAUCCGGAGAACUCGGACACAAGCAGUUCGAUUUCUUCUACGAAGAAAUGUUCCGACCGCCGGAAUUCUUCUCGUCUGCAAAGAAUGCUGGUCGGAGCUUACCGGUAUUCAGGAUUCCGUCAGGAGGCGAGGGGUUUUACAACGAUAUUUUCGGAUCCGAUCACGAGCGGCGAUCGAUAGAUAAGACGAGGCAGAACUUGAAAGGGAAGACGAAAUCCAACUCUUCGUCGGUGUUGAGCUCCGAGGAGGCGAGCCCUUUCCGGCAUGUAAGCGGAGACGACGUCGUGUUAUCCUCCUUCGCUGCGAAGCUCAGGCCUAUCAAUAUCCCAACAAAAUGGAACUCGUCAAAGAUGAAACCAGAGGAGCACCAAAAGAAACAAGGGAUGUCAUUCUUUUCAUUCAACCGUUCUUCCACCGUGGAAAACCAGUACGUUGAUGGUGAAGUGAAGGAAACUUUCAGGAGCUCCUAUUCGGGGUUCCCUCGGCCGGUGUCGUCACCGGAAACUAUUAGCCUUGAACCAACUUCAUACAGGAGCAUGAAAAUAUCAGUGGAUGAUUUAGAACCUAAUUCCCCGUCAUCUGCAAGCUCUUCACUGUGUCAGGGGAAACAUGAUAUUCAAAUAAAUGUGUUGGCAGAUGAAGAUGACGAAGUAAUGAGCUCUUAUGUCAUUGAAAUUGGUUCUGAUUACAGAGAGGGAACAAACGAAGCAGCUGCACUUGAUGAAGUCAUUGCAUGGGCAAAAGAAAAGUUUAAUACACAGACUUCUGAGACAGAUUUGAGCACAAGGCUGAAUGAUAGUCAACAAUUUGUUGAAACUGAAGGGCCUACUGUUUCAUGUGAAAUUUCUGGUGAACAGUUUGGGGUUCAUGACAUAACACAAUAUGCAGAGGUAGAAGAAAGAACGUGUUCAGCUGAAGGGGUGAAGGCAGAGUCUGAAAAAGAUAUGGAAAUGGAGGAUAUAGAUGAAGAUAUAAUGUUGUGGUCAUCCGGCAAGGAAACCAACAUCCGGCUCCUACUUUCAACACUCCACCAUAUUCUAUGGCCCAGAAGUGGGUGGCAUGUAACUCCACUUGCAAGCCUUAUGGAGGGUACAAAGGUGAAGAAAGCUUACCAAAAGGCAAGAUUGUGCCUCCACCCAGACAAGCUGCAGCAAAGAGGAGCCACAGACAUGCAAAAAUAUGUCGCUGAAAAGGCUUUCACUAUCCUCCAGGAAGCAUGGACAGCCUUCAUUUCCCAAGAUGCCUUCUUUUAAUAACAGAGGCAAACCUUCAAAGUUCAGUUUACUGGAAGUUGAAACUACAAGCGGUAGGGGUAGGUCAGGACAAUCAAUUGCUGAAAUGUCCAAGCCUGGCUGGACGGAUUAUAGCAAUAGAUCUGAUUUGCUUGCAAGAGUUCUACAUGUUCUUUUGGAUGAUUAAAGCAUAUGAACAUAUAGAAUGUCAGGUAUAAUUGCCUCUUGGUGUGUCUGUAUCUGUAUGUUUGUAAAUUUUGAAGGUGAAAUAGAAUUUGUUUGUUCAUUAUCUUGUUGUAUCUGUAUGUUGAGGAAGAAACAGAGAAUAGACUCAAUAUAGCUACUUUUUUGGUCCUCAUGAAAGGAUGAACAAUCGUUCGAGUUA